AUGCUCCGAUUUGGAACACGCGUGCUUCACCGAUUGGCACAUCUUCCCUCCCCUUCCCAGUCUGCAUUUCGAAUGGCGUCUACUGCUUCAAAGUUCUUGGCAGACAAAGCUCCCCCGUUGUGUAGCCUUGAAGUGAAGCAGAGUUUUGAUCUUCUGAGCGACGUCGAGAAACGCUACACGUACUAUCUUACGCAAGCCUCCUGGGCAGGCGCCCGAAUACUUCAGAGCCAAUGGACUCCUCAAGCAGUUGACCUAUACGAUCUUUUGAUCGCCACCUUCAGUACUCCGGAUGGCAAACUCGCAGACUUGGCCCUGUUACAACAAAAAGCCGCUGUUUCGGACGAAAUCUUUGAAGAACUAGUUCAAUACGCUUCACAGACACUGAGUAACCUGGUCAAUUUCAAGAGCUUUGGCUUCACAAAAAUCAUCCCACGAGCUGAUGCCCAACACUUUGAAUCCGUCGUUAAUGCGUCCGCCAAUGCAACCAAAGCAUCAAGCCUCUGGAAGAGUUUGAAAGAACACAUUUAUUCAACCACUCCAGAGGACACGACCUCGAUCGGCAAACCAAAGCAAGGCCAUAUAUCCAACUACUACCUGGGCGAGGUCAUCACAGACGAGGAGGUUGCGAGCAUUCAAGCGGCAACAGAGAAAUUGAGCAUCGACCUCUUCAACACCCGUGUGAAGAAAGACACUGACACAAGCUUCACCCUCCUUAUUGCCUCAGCAGACACCCAGCCGGAACUUGAAAAGACUGUCGAUCUUGCCAUCACGUAUCUCGAGCAGGCUAAGAAAUGGACGCGGAACGAGCACCAGACUAACAUGAUUGAGGGUUACAUCAAGUCGUUCAAAACAGGCUCGAUUGAGGCGCACAAAGAAGCGUCAAGACACUGGGUUCAGGACAUCGGACCAGUUGUUGAGAGCUAUAUCGGAUUCAUCGAAACUUACCUCGACCCAUAUGGUGGGCGAGCGGAAUGGGAAGGUUUUACUGCCAUCGUCAACAAACAAUUGAGUGCCAAGUAUGAAAAGCUGGUUGACAAUGCCCCGCACUUCAUUGAGUCACUCGCCUGGGGACCGGACUUCGAAGUCGAUACGUUCCGCAAGCCCGAUUUCACGGCUCUUGAAGUUGUAUCAUUUGCAACUGGUGGAAUCCCUGCUGGUAUCAAUAUUCCUAAUUAUUACGAGAUCCGAGAAACACUUGGGUUUAAGAAUGUCAGCUUGGCCAACAUUCUUGCAGCAAAAGCUCCCGGAGAAGAGCUCACCUUCAUUCACCCAGACGAUGCGGCACUGUACAACGAAUGGGACUCCCGCGCAUUUGAACUUCAAGUGGCUAACCACGAGCUCCUUGGACACGGUAGCGGGAAAUUGUUCCAAGAAUACGCAGACGGAACGAAGAACUUCUCCCCUGAAAAUAUCAUCAACCCUUUGACCGGAAAACCUGUGGCUACAUGGUAUCGUCCGGGUCAAACCCCUGACUCGGUUCUCGGUGAAGUUUCGUCCUCCAUGGAGGAAUGUCGAGCGGAAUCCGUCGCUCUCUACCUUGCGAGCAAUCUCGAAAUCUUGAGCAUAUUCAAAUACACGGAUCCCAAAGACAUCGCCGAUAUUCAGGUGAUCAGUUUCCUAUUGAUGGCACGGGCAGGCAUUCGUGCACUCGAAUUUUACGACCCAGCGACCAAGAAACAUGGCCAAGCACACAUGCAAGCUCGCCUCGGAAUCAUGCAACAUCUUCUCAAAUCUGGGCUUGUCCGCUUAGAAGAAGUCCGAGGGGCAUAUGGAUCUUUGGAAAAUCUUUACACUCGGGUUGAUCGGGAUCGUGUCUUAGCCGAUGGCAAAGACGUGAUGGGCAAACUUUUGAUCGAUUUGCAGGUUCGCAAAAGCACUGCGGACGGGGCCGGCGCUCGUCAAUUCUACACUGAACUGACAACUCCGAUGGACAUAUUCACAUCAGAAGUGCGCGACUUGGUACUUAAGAAGAAACUCGCGCGAAAAAUCUUUGUUCAACCAAACUUGUUCAUUGACGCUAACGAUAAUGUCACCCUGAAGGAGUAUCCGUUGACAUCCGCGGGGGUGAUCGAGAGUUUCGUUGAAAGGACUGCCAUGUACUAG